AUGGCGGAACACAAGUUUGAGACAGGGCACAACAUCGAUUUCGUCAACACCACGGUCCUGGAGAAGACAACAGGAUAUAUGGACCGCAAAAUAAAAGAGGCGGUCGAGAUCAAGCUCCAUCCAAAUAACUUCAACAGAGAAGAGGAGAGAGAGACGGGGAGCAUGCCGAAGAAACAUAAUGUUGAGCGUCAUUCCAAGACUAAUCACAGCUCCUUUGACGCUAACUAUCCAUUUAAAUCUGAGUUAAGAAAAAAGAAAAUAAAGGAACUGAAAUCAAAACUCUCAGGCCAGCAGUCGAUUUUCACUAGACCCGUGGUAAAAUGUAGAUGUGCCACUAUUGCUUCCCUUAAAAUUACUCACUUGCUUGCAAAGAAGAAAAAACCAUUUCAAGAUGGUGAGUUGUUGAAGGAAGCAUUCCUGACUGGUGCUGGUUGCCUUUUUGAAGGGUUUUCCAACAAGCGUGAGAUUAUUAUGGUAAUACAAGACUUGCAGUUAUCUGACAACACAGUUACGAGGAGGAUACAAGUAAUUUCAUGCGACAUGCAAACUCAACUAAAGAGUGACUUGGAAGUGUGUGACUGGUUCUCACUGCAAUUCGAUGAGUCGACAGAUAUAUCAGACACUGCACAAUUGGCAAUCAUGGUGAGAAUGGUAUUUAGCGACUUCACUGUAAAAGAGGAGCUGCUCAAAGUAUUGCCUAUGAAAAGGCAAACAAAAGGUGAGCAUAUUUAUAACACAUUUAAAACCUAUGCAAUGGAAAUUACUUUGCCCCUGCACAAGCUGUCAGCGAUCGCUACUGAUGUUGUACCAGGAAUGUUGGGCAGCGUCAAUGGAUUCAUUGCCCUCUGCAAGAAAGAUGAAUCCUUUCCGGACUUACUUCCGUUUGGACACGUCAUGAAUGUUGUUAAAAAGACAAUUAACUCUAUUCGCGCGGCACCCUUGCAACACCGACUUUUUAAGGCCUUGCUGGGAGAGUUUGAAGGCAAACAUUCUGAUCUUAUCCUAUACACAGAAGUGCGAUGGUUGAGCAAAGGUAAAGUUCUUGCACGGUUCUUAAGCUUGAUUGAGGAGAUAAAAGAUUUUCUAAAGUCCAAGAAUGCGGACUUCAACGAACUAAGUGACUCUUGCUGGCUAUUGGACUUGGCCUUCCUUACCGACGUCGCUGACAAAGCGAACAGUUUAAAUCUGGAGCUUCAGGGAAAAGAAAAACAUGUGGCUCAAAUGAGAGGCUCUGUAAAAUCAUUCAAAGCAAAACUAGUCUUGUGGAUGUCACAUAUGAAGAUGAAGUCUCUCGUACACUUCCCAAGUAUGAAGAAAAUGGUAGGGGAGAGUAAUUUUAGCCCGUCACCAUUUGUUGACCACCUUCAAACACUUCUGGAGGAGUUUGAAAAGAGAUUUCAACAGUUCACCGCCAUUGAACCAGUGGUAGCUUUUUUUUGUAAAUCAUUUUACUUGCCAAAUAGAGGUUACAGAAACUGCUGCAUCUAUUGGAAGACUCAUUCAAGCAAGGACAGAAGAACUGGAAAUGGAGAUUUUGGACCUUCAAAAUGA